CGAGCACAAAUAGCGCCUCCCCAAUCGAUUUCUAUUCUCUCCAGCUCGAGUUGACGCAUUAACCUUCGUCUAUCGUCCCUCUGUUCUCCGCUGGGUUGCCCCCCUAAGGCUGCUCCUCUUUCCACUGGCUGCUACCUUCCGCCUCCUCUCGGCGUCUCUACCAUCGUAGGUUCCACUUCCCCUGAUAGCAAUUGCAGGUGAUUGAAUUUAGAUGUUGGCUAAAGGAAGGAAAGUCCCUGUGAGGGGAGAAACAGCAGCAGCAGCAAACUAUGCGUUUGGACCUCUUGAGGAUGACUUGAUCAUCAAACAUAGACUUCUCACCCGCACAACAACUACUAGGGGUGAACCUCCAUUGAAGAAGCUCCAGAAGAAGUUCUCAACUUUUAUUAUCGAGGCUGGUAAGGAAGAAGACAACUACAGUGACUGUUUGAGACUCUCGAAGGCAUUCUUGCAGGAACUGAAUACUUUUGAGAUUCCUCUCCUUAAGAGCAAGGCAGUUAUUGAUGCUAACAUCAAAGAGAAGGAGAACUUCAACGAUUUGAAGAAGGAGAUAAACAAACAGAUCUUGCAGGCACAGGAUGAUAUAGAAGAUCUGAAGAAGCUGCUUGAAGAGAGUAAAAUCGAAAGGCAGCACAAGGAAGAGUGCGAGGCAAUCAGGAAAUUGAUUGCAAUGCAGCCCCCAAGGUCUGAAACUCAGAAAGUCAUCACUGAAUUGGAGAAAGAGAUCGUGGCACUGGAGACGGAGAACACAGUCGGUUCUAGGUUGCUGGAACUCCGCAAAAAACAGUUUGCUUUACUGUUGCAUGUGGUAGUUGACGAAUUACAAAAUACAAUCGAUGAAGACCAGAAGAGCUUAAUUGAAGAGACCAGAAUGGCCAUUGAGGAGCACAAGGGUAUGGCCGAGGAUGCAUCUGGUAGCUCCGAGGCAAUGGCUGUCGAUUAGCUGCUCACCGUCAUUGUUGGUCAGUUUGUGCUUUAAAGAUUGUACGCUCAGCACUCAGUCGCACAGUAGCUUACAAGACAACAAGUCUUAAACUUUCUUAUGGGUUUCAUGAGCACCAUUUCUCUUGUGGGGCACUGGGAGUUGUUAAGGUCCUACAACGGCUCUUGCUAGAAAGAAGGGGGUUAAGUAUCGCCCUAAUCGAAUCAUGUUUUGCAGUAUGCAAAACACUGCGGGGAACCCAUGCAAAAUAGUGUAGACCACCAGUUGGAAGCUAUGGCAUUAGAACGAUCUUUACCCAAUGGCUCCUUCCUCUUGUUUUGGCGGGAACAUGGCCAGUGCCCGGUGGCACCUUCCUAAUCGCAAUAUUUCUGUCAAUUUGUUGUCGAGUACCCAUUAGCGUGCAUGAGAAAUAACUAGAACGACCUAAUCCCCUCCUUCUCUCGGCAGCUGGAAGCUUUAGGAUAAGGAGAGGUGACUCUAU